UCUUGCCCGGAAAGUUUGGAGUUCUCUCCGGGGGCCGCGCAGCCCGCGGGGGAGGGAAGGGCCGGGGAAGGGGCCGCGCCGGAGGCUGAGGCCGCGCUCCGUCUCCCUCUCCCGCCUCAGGGCCCGGCGGAGCGGCGGUAGAGCGCGGCGCCCUCGGGGCCCCGUCCGGCCGCCCGGCGCUGAGGGGAGCCGAGCCGAGCGCCAUGCCCGUCCGCAAGCAAGACGCGCGGCGCGCCCUGUGCCUGCUGGAGGAGCUCCGCGCCCGCCUGGGCCAGGCCGAGGACCGGCAGCUGCGCGGCUCCGUCGAGCGGGUCAUCGGCGUCUUCCAGAGCGGACUCUUCCAGGCCCUCCUCGAUAUUCAAGAAUUUUAUGAAGUGACUUUACUUGGCAAUCCCAAAAGUAUCGAUCACUCCAAGCCAACGGACUUAGUGCAGCCUGUGAGCACAUGGGACUUCUCCAGCCUUCCGAGCUCAGCAGUGACAUCGGAAACAUUGCCGAGCAGCCUUAGUCCAGCCACAGAGGAAUCUCCCUCUCGGGAUGACGACCCUCCACCCCUGGAGCACAGUUGUCUCCAGGCUUCCAAUGAGGUGACCGUUCCAGAGCUUGUUCAUGUGUCUCAGAAGAACCUUUCACAAGUUGAGAAUGUACACGGAUUUGUUUCUCACUCUCGUAUUUCACCGGUCAAGACUACAGAAGCGGCUCCGCUCUCUCCUCCCAUUGUCUCUGUACUGCCAGUCCCUGCCGAGGCCACAUUCAUCCCAUCCUCCAUAUCACAGGCAAAUCCACCCCCACUGGUGAUCAACACAGAAGCUCCGGAGACACCCACCUAUGUCAAUGGCACUGAUGCAGAGUAUGAAUAUGAAGAAAUUACUCUGGAACGGGGCAAUUCAGGUCUUGGCUUUAGCAUCGCAGGAGGAACUGACAACCCACACAUUGGUGAUGACUCCAGUAUAUUCAUUACGAAGAUUAUCCCAGGGGGUGCAGCAGCACAGGACGGAAGAUUGCGGGUUAAUGACUGCAUUUUGCGUGUGAACGAGGUGGACGUCCGUGAUGUGACACACAGCAAAGCGGUCGAAGCGCUAAAAGAGGCUGGGUCUAUGGUUCGGCUGUAUGUCAAGAGAAGAAAGCAAGUCACAGAAAAGAUCAUGGAGAUAAAGCUUGUGAAAGGCCCCAAAGCAGGUCUUGGGUUCAGCAUAGCUGGGGGUGUUGGAAACCAGCAUAUCCCUGGAGACAACAGCAUCUACGUCACCAAAAUUAUUGAAGGAGGGGCGGCGCACAAGGAUGGCAGGCUCCAGAUUGGAGACAAGCUUCUGGCAGUAAACAGUGUUUGCUUAGAGGAAGUCACACAUGAAGAAGCAGUAGCUGCCUUAAAGAACACCUCAGACUGCGUUUAUCUCAGAGUUGCAAAACCCACCAGCAUGUUCAUGAAUGAUACGUACACUCCUCCAGACGUCACCAACUCAUAUCCUCUACCCAUUGACAACCAUAUCAGUCCAUCAACCUACGUGGGGCAGUCCCUCUCGCCUGCAUCGUCAGGAAGAUACUCCCCUGUUCCCAAAGGGAUGCUUGGAGAUGACGAGAUAACCAGGGAACCACGGAAGGUGGUGCUCCAUCGAGGCUCCACAGGCCUUGGCUUCAACAUUGUCGGUGGGGAAGAUGGUGAAGGAAUUUUUGUCUCUUUCAUCCUUGCGGGAGGGCCUGCAGAUCUCAGUGGCGAGCUCCGGAAAGGAGACCGCAUAAUCUCGGUGAAUGGCAUGGACCUCAAAGCUGCAACUCACGAAGAGGCUGCCGCUGCCUUGAAAAACGCAGGCCAGGCUGUGACUAUCGUGGCGCAGUACCGUCCAGAAGAAUACAGCCGUUUUGAAGCUAAAAUCCAUGACCUGCGAGAGCAGAUGAUGAACAGCAGCAUCAGUUCAGGGUCUGGGUCCCUGCGGACCAGUCAGAAGAGGUCCCUCUAUGUCAGAGCACUCUUUGACUAUGACAAGACUAAAGACAGUGGCCUCCCUAGCCAGGGGCUGAACUUCCGCUUUGGCGACAUCCUCCACGUCCUCAAUGCUUCCGAUGAUGAAUGGUGGCAGGCACGGCUGGUCAUGCCGGGUGGCGAAAGCGACGAGGUUGGCGUGAUCCCAAGCAAGCGCAGGGUUGAGAAGAAAGAACGAGCCCGUUUAAAAACGGUGAAAUUUAAUUCUAAAACAAGAGGCGACAAAGGGCAGUCAUUCAAUGACAAGCGUAAAAAGAACCUCUUUUCCCGAAAAUUCCCCUUCUACAAGAACAAGGAGCAGAGUGAGCAAGAGACCAGUGAUGCUGACCAACAUGUAACGUCUAACGCCAGUGACAGUGAAAGUAGCUACCGUGGCCAAGAGGAGUGUGUCUUGUCUUAUGAGCCCGUCACUCAACAAGAAGUAAGUUACACGCGGCCUGUGAUCGUUCUCGGACCUAUGAAAGACCGGAUAAAUGAUGACCUGAUAUCUGAAUUUCCAGACAAAUUUGGAUCAUGCGUUCCACAUACCACUCGACCAAAACGGGACUAUGAGGUGGAUGGGCGGGACUACCACUUCGUAAUGAGCCGUGAACAGAUGGAAAAAGAUAUUCAGGAUCACAGAUUUAUCGAAGCUGGACAGUACAACAAUCAUCUGUAUGGGACAAGCGUUCAGUCUGUGCGAGAGGUAGCUGAAAAGGGUAAACACUGCAUCCUCGACGUCUCUGGAAAUGCAAUCAAGAGACUUCAAGUGGCUCAGUUGCAUCCGAUCUCCAUUUACAUCAGACCUAAAUCGAUGGAAAACAUCAUGGAAAUGAAUAAACGAUUAACAGAAGAGCAAGCCCGGAAGACUUUUGAGAGAGCCAUGAAGCUAGAGCAAGAAUUUACAGAACAUUUUACAGCAACAGUGCAAGGAGACACACUGGAGGAGAUCUACAGCCAAGUAAAGCAGAUUAUUGAAGAGCACUCCGGCCCCUCCAUCUGGGUACCAGCCAAGGAGAAAUUGUGAAGGCCAGCCAGCCCCUGCAUUCCGGAUCAGGCUUGCUCUGCUUCAUGCACGACGCAAAGCCUGGCUGCCGAUCCCACCUCCAGCUCCUCCUCAGCACAGGGGGAGGGGGUGGUCUCCCUGGAGCCGCUGCGCCCCACGGCUUAGGGGAGUGUUUUACACUCAUCACCCCUUUUGAGCUUAGACCAGUUUGACUCUCCCGAUCUGCUUUUGCACUGCCAGUUUCUCAAAGACCGGGAAGAAGCAGCUUGGCCAGCUGUUGUGGAUGACAGGUGGAGAAUUACGCUGUAAACUCCUUAAUGUUUAAGGGAAAGUAUCCUUCAGAGAUUUUGAGAAAUAAAAGCUUUAUAUACAUUCUUUAAAGAUUUCCUAAUGAAAUGAAAGAAAAGUGGUCUUAAACAAUGUUAAGUGUAAGCAACUCUGUAUGCUUAACUUUAAUUGCAUGGUUUGAUUCAAGAGAUUUGAUUGCAGGAUUUUGUUUCAUAGUUUUCUUUUGUUGGCAGCAAAUUUUACAAGUGGUUAAAUGAAAAACUUUUUUAAAAAUGUCCAAGAUAAUGUAUGCACAAUUGCCACGGCUUCACAAGGGAAAACUUGUUUUCAUAAUUUCCUAAGAAUGUUCUUUAUAGUCUAUUUUUUCAUGUUUUGCUGUUGCUAGGGCUGCAGAGGGCUUCUGUUUCUAAAAGCACAGGAAGGACACAAUUGGGUGUGUCUGGCGGGGUGGGUGGGGUGCCAGACCUGCUGAGGCACCCCAAGAGCUUCUGCUUCACGUAGGAAGGACAGGUUUUGUGGCGACCAUUGUCUUGAUGGUAAGAGUCCUGUUCAAAGUAUAAAUACUUUCUUAGAGAUCAGGUUUUAAUGAAUAUUUUACCCUCAAUAACUGCCUAUUUUGUUAUAACAAACAUAUUAUA